AUGGUGAAGUUUUCCAAGGAGCUAGAGGCACAACUCAUACCAGAGUGGAAAGAAGCCUUUGUUAACUAUUGUUUACUUAAAAAACAAAUCAAGAAAAUAAAAAUCUCUCGUAAACCAAAACCGGCUUCUCAUUACCCCAUUGCUCAUCAUCCUGAUUUUGGUCGAUCACUUUUCGACCCGGUUCGUAAAUUGGCCCGGUCCUUCUCCGAUAGACUAUUUUCCAACUCAGAAAAACCAGAGAUUCUUCAGGUGAGGAGAAGAAAAAACUCAGAAAAUGGUGAUGACAUCGAGGAGAUUUAUCAAACUGAGCUUGUUCAGCUGUUUUCCGAGGAAGACGAGGUUAAAGUGUUUUUCGCAAGACUAGAUGAAGAACUAAACAAAGUGAAUCAGUUUCACAAGUCGAAAGAAACAGAGUUUGUGGGAAGAGGAGAGAUUCUCAAGAAACAGUUAGAGAUUCUUGCAGAACUCAAACAGAUCCUAAGUGAUCGAAAGAAAAGAAACCUAUCUGGUUCGAAUUCACAUCGCUCAUACACCUCUUCUGCUCGAAACUCUGAUUUCUCUGCAGGGUCUCCUGGAGAACUAAGUGAGACACAGAGUGAAACAUCAAGAACAGACGAGAUCAUAGAGGCAUUAGAGAGGAAUGGUGUGAGUUUCAUAAACUCUGCAACGAGGAGCAAAACAAAAGGAGGCAAACCAAAGAUGUCUCUCCGCGUCGACAUUCCCGACGCGGUGGCCGGAGCUGACGGUGGCGGUGCAAGAUCCAUCGCCACCGCCACGUCGGUUCUAUGGGAAGAGCUUGUUAACAAUCCAAGAAGUGGCGGAGGAGAUUUCAUCAACCGGAAAAAGAUUCAGUGUGCCGAGAAGAUGAUACGAAAAGCCUUUGUUGAGCUCUAUAGAGGUCUUGGCUUGUUAAAGACUUAUAGCUCGUUGAAUAUGAUAGCUUUUACAAAAAUAAUGAAGAAAUUCGACAAGGUUUCUGGUCAGCACGCAUCAUCAAGUUAUCUUAAAGUCGUAAAGAGAUCACAAUUUAUCAGUUCUGAUAAGGAAAAAGGCCAUGAAAUUCUUGAGACCCCACCAGCAAAAAGAUUCUCACAUGGAUUAUUUACGGGUUGCUUCGUCUCACUGUUUACUAUUUACGUAAUACUGGCCCAUCUUUCUGGAAUCUUCACCUCUGGUGCUCAAGUUUCAUAUUUGGAGACUGUUUAUCCUGUUUUCAGUGUUUUUGCGUUGCUGAGUCUACACAUGUUCAUGUACGGAUGCAAUCUGUUCAUGUGGAAAAACACGAGGAUAAACUACACUUUCAUAUUCGAGCUGUCACCAAACACAGCGUUGCGUUACCGAGACGCGUUUCUUUUGGGAACCACGUUUAUGACCGCAGUCGUAGCCGCUAUGGUCAUACAUCUCAUCCUCCGCGCCGCCGGUUUCUCAGCCAGCCAAGUUGAUACCAUCCCAGGCAUCCUCCUCUUGAUCUUUAUUUGUAUUUUGAUAUGCCCCUUCGACACAUUUUAUCGUCCUACAAGAUUCUGCUUCAUUCGUAUUCUAAGGAACAUUGCUUGUUCACCUUUCUACAAGGUUUUGAUGGUUGAUUUUUUCAUGGCUGAUCAACUUACUAGCCAGAUUCCACUGCUUAGACACAUCGAGUCAACCGCUUGUUACUUCAUGGCUCAAAGCUUUAGAACACAUGAAUACAAUACCUGCAAAAACGGAAGAAUCUAUAGAGAGCUUGCUUACUUAAUCUCUUUCUCACCCUACUUUUGGCGUGCCAUGCAAUGUAUAAGGAGAUGGUGGGACGAAUCGAACACUGAUCACUUAGUAAACAUGGGGAAAUACGUGUCUGCAAUGGUGGCUGCCGGAGUCCGCAUAACCUACGCAAGAGAGAACACCGAUUUGUGGCUAACCGUCGUGCUUGUGAGCUCCGUUGUGGCCACGAUUUAUCAGUUAUACUGGGACUUUGUCAAGGACUGGGGUCUUCUGAACCCUAAGUCAAGAAAUCCAUGGCUAAGGGACGAUUUAGUUCUCAGGAACAAGAAUAUCUACUAUCUCUCCAUUGCGUUGAAUUUGGUGUUGCGUGUUGCUUGGAUCGAGACAAUUAUGAGAUUCAGGGUCAGUCCUGUUCAGUCUCAUUUGUUAGAUUUCUUAUUGGCGUCGCUUGAAGUCAUUCGCCGAGGCCACUGGAACUUUUACAGAUUGGAAAAUGAGCAUUUGAACAAUGUAGGCCAAUUUAGGGCAGUGAAGACCGUACCGUUACCGUUCCGUGACAUGGACUCAGACGGUUAA